AUCUUCAGACACUUCCGAACGAAAGACAAAAGAAUCAAUGCUUAACAACCGGGUGAGCAUUUGUUAUAUCCCUAGAUGUCUUUUUCCAAAAUUUUCACACAAAAAAUUGGACGUAUCCGAAAACGAAAAAUUUAAAGAAAGAGUUGUACAAAAAAUGACAGUUUGAGCUUAAUUUCGCAUCUAACAUUUUCCUUGACGAUAUGGAGAUCGAAGAACUUCGAGAAAGUGGCGACGAGCAGGACGAGCAGGAUGAUCGGGAAAACGGUAGAGAGGAAGAGCGUGAAGAAGGACAGGAAGAGCAGGAAGAGCGACAGGAGGAAGAACAACGGGACGAAGUAGAUGAGCAGGAUGAUGAGGUCCAAGUUUUGGAAGAUGAUGAAAAACUGGAAGAAGCAGAUGUCGAUGUGAAAAAUCGUCAAGAGAAUCGUGCCAACUCGAGCCACAAGUCAUCGAAACAGAGCAGAGGUUCCAGAGCACAGUCCAGAGCAGCAACUCCACAAAAUCAAAGUCGUACGCUGAAUAAUAUUCAGCCAAAACGUUGGAGAAGUGCUAAUGCGUUUGUCAACUUUGUACAAGACUUCAAGCAGGAUUACCCUGACAUGAUAACUGGUCGAAACAUCUUUCAAACAUGUGGAGAAAGAUGGAAAAGCAUGACAGAUGAACAGAAGCAGCCAUACAUUGCAGCUGCAAACACUGUCAAGAGACUGAAGAAUAGAAAGAUUGGCGAGAGCAGUGACCAGCAAUCUAAGAAGUCUGUUACACGUGUCUCUAAACGAAAAGCUGAAACCAAAAGAAAAGAAACCAGCCAGAAAAGGUCAAAGGCUAAUAACCAAGAUGCAAUGAGCAAUUCGGAUACUGAUACUGCAACCAUCACAGUGCAUUCAUCGAUGAGUGAUCCUGAUAGUCCUUAAUAAAUAUUCUUUGUCAAA